AGCAUGGCAGUGAAGGUUGGGGCCCUCCUCCUGCUCGUCCUUGGACUCAGCCUGGCUCAGCCAGCCUCUGCCCGCCGGAAGCUCCUGGUGUUUCUGUUGGAUGGUUUUCGCUCAGAUUACAUCAGCGAUGAGGCCCUGGAGUCCUUGCCUGGUUUCAGAGAGAUUGUGAACAGGGGAGUAAAAGUGGACUACUUGACCCCAGCAUUCCCUUCUCUCUCUUAUCCCAAUUACUACACCCUGAUGACAGGUCGUUACUGCGAGGUUCACCAGAUGACCGGAAACUACAUGUGGGACCCCAACACCAACAAAUCAUUUGACAUCGGUGUCAACAAAGACAGCCUGAUGCCUCUCUGGUGGAAUGGAUCAGAACCUCUGUGGAUCACUGUGACCAAGGCCAAGAGGAGGGCCCGCAUGUACUACUGGCCAGGCUGUGAGGUUGAAAUUCUUGGUAUCAGACCUACUUACUGCAUAGAAUAUAAAGAUGUACCAACGGAUAUGAAUUUUACCAAUGCAAUCAGAGAUGCUCUUACCUCAUUCAAGAGUGGACGGGCUGACCUGGCUGCCAUAUACUAUGAGCGUCUUGAUGUGGAAGGCCACCACCAUGGCCCUUUAUCACCUCAGAGGAAAGAAGCCCUCAAGACUGUGGACACUAUUAUGAUGAAUAUGAUCAAGUGGAUCCAGGAAUGGGACUUACAGGACGACUUGAAUGUCAUCAUCUUCUCAGAUCAUGGGAUGACUGACGUCUUCUGGAAGGACAAAGUGAUUGAGUUGACUGAGUACAUCGAUAUAGAUGACCUGCAGCAAGUGAAGGACCGAGGAUCUGUUAUGAGCAUUUGGCCAGCCCCUGGGAAACAUUCUCAGAUAUAUAACGCACUGAGAACAGUGGAGCACAUGACAGUCUAUGAGAAAGAAGCCAUUCCAAGCAGGUUCCACUACAAGAACGGGAAAUUCGUUUCUCCUUUGACCUUAGUGGCUGAUGAAGGUUGGGUCAUAGCUGAGGAUCGAGAGAUGCUCCCAUAUUGGAGGAACAGCACUGGAAAGCCGGCUGGCUGGCAGCAUGGAUGGCAUGGAUACGACAAUGAGCUCAUGGACAUGAGAGGCAUUUUCUUGGCCUUUGGUCCAGAUUUUAAGCCCAACUUCAGAGCUGCUCCCAUCAGAUCUGUGGAUGUGUACAAUGUCAUGUGCCACGUGGCAGACAUCCCGCCACUGCCCAACAAUGGCUCCUGGUCCCGAGUGAUGUGCAUGCUGAAGGACCAGUACAGUUCAGCACCAUCUGUCCAGUGGAGUGGUUGGACACUGACCUUGCUUCUCCUCUUCCUGUUUAACUGA